CACGAGGAUUCUGUUGAUAUAUAUAUUUCUGACAAUUGUGCCACUUACACAAGUCCAACCCUACUUUAAGUCCAAAGGCUUUCUGCGGAACCCCCCCAACCAUGUGAAAUGAGUGGAGAGCGGCCUUGUGAGCAGCCAGUGCCAACUUGCUGGCGACGCUUCCCACGGGAAGAAUAUCACAGCCUAGAUUCAGAGUCAUACACUGCACAAAGAUUGCAACAUGCCUCCCCUGAGCAUUUGCAUGUCACCAGUCGUCGGCUAUUCAUCGGCCCUCUCCCGAAAGGAUGGUUGUCCAGCCAUCGUAAGUCGUGGUAUAAAUCAUGGCUUGGGCUCAAGGAUUACUCCUCUCGGACAGCGACCUUCUCUGCGGAUAUAAAUCUUGCCCAUCAACGUCAGUUAACGGGGCUGUUUGGACCUUCUACCGCGGCAAUGUACAGACAAAGCUUUCCUCAACCGGAAGACGUUGAUGAGGAAGCUGAAGAAGAGGAGUUGGUAGCGACUGGAGCCACGGUCGAACCCGCUGCCAUAACCACUGCUGAUACCGCACACGAAACGCCCUAUCGAUAUGGGCCGGAACCAGCUCAGGAGCCGCCCCCCGAACCUACUUCUGAAUUAACCGCGGAGCAUUCCCAAUUAUCAACUGUAACGCCUACCUCAACUUCUCAGCCGCAACCAGCUUCAGUAUCAAGCAAAUCUGAUCCAGAUUCGAAUCCGCCGUCCUCUAGCCAAAUUCAUGAGUCGUACUACUCCGCACCUGAGUCACAUAAAAAUGCAUCUCGGAUAUUGAGUGCCACCUCGCCAAUAAGUGAAGAGUCUCUAGAAUCCGGUAAUUAUGGAGUUAAUGAGAAUACCGAGUCAACAAGAGUUAUCAGCAGACGUAUGUCUCCGCAUGGACAAUCGUUAACUCCGUCUAUACCAUCUGCGACCGGAGAAACCGCUUCAAGGACUAACUUUACUUCACAAACAUAUCUACUAUCAGGGAGAAAAUCCAUCAACGAUAGAUCUCCUUCGAUUUUGUCAUCACCUCGUCUUCGUCAUGAAGAGCCAUCACUUGUCGAACAGGAGGAUUCACGAAAUAAAAGCCGUCCUAGGCGGCUGAUGAGACGCCUUGCUCCUGGUAUCGUUCGGUUUAAUAUCGAGGACAGCAUUAAUGAUCGACAACGACGACUGCAAAAGAGGCUGACUAGGACCGCAAGUGAGCUAGAAUCCACCGCAAAGAAGCAAAGGCAAGCCAGCCGGUGUGGCGCGAUUGUGAGAGCUGAGAGAAUGCUCGUUCGUAUCGAAAGCACUACUCAAACUGUUCCAGACGAUUAUAAUGAGAAUGAGAGUAUCAAAAUUGACACUAAAGUUGUCUCAAAAUGGAGAGAGUUCCUGGUUGUAUGUCGCGAGGGAUGCGAAGACGAUACACCAUUUCUUCUACAGUUUUAUAAAACUCGCGUGAUUCCACAGGUCCAAACUUCCGAUAUGAAGAAGAAGUGGUCUUAUGAGAUUCCGAUCGUACGGAGCCAUACCAAAGUGAACCUUUUUUCAACUCUUGAUAAGACAUUAGUAGUCUGGCAUCGAUUUAAACCUGAGACCCAAAUUUUCAUAAUGCGGCCCAGGUCAUCGGCUCAUUCGGUUGAAUGGUAUACAUUUAUCCGUGGCGCCCUCGGGUGGAAACAACCGUCAAUUCUUUUUGUACAUGUUCCUGAUCUCGAUAUUACAUUGCGUUUGGAGAAUCCAUUCGCACAUCUUGGAAUGAAUCAGAACGAAGACGACGAUGUUUGCUCCGCCGUGCUAAGAACAAUGAAGGAGGAAAGAGCUAUUGCCUCGGGCAUUAUAAAAACAUGCCUGAACACUCUAUCGGAAUGCUCCGAAUGGAAUAAGAUACUGGCUAUGUGGGGUAAAUCCGCCAAAAUGGGCCUUGCCUGGCGACGAUACGAUCGCCUGGAAUGGGUUCAAGGGCCAAAUGAGCAGAGAAUGUAUGGAACAAUGGCCAUGCGAACGACUCAUGAGCUGGAGUUGCGCCCCAAACAACAUUAUCCUACAUCGACGACGUUACAAAAAGGGGGCCCCAAGGUUGAAGAGCCGGCACCAACAGAAGGCUUCUUGAUACUCCUCACAUCUCAAAGGGGACGGCAGAGAUUGAUAGGAAAGAAUUUCUUUAAAAGGCUUUACUUUUAUACCCAGGAUCAAUUUCUAUGUUUCUGCAAACCCGGCAAAGCAACUCCCCCGGCCCCCCCCAGUCUUCCUACAAUCACUAGCAGAAACAUUCCCACGUCCGCUGAGAUCAUAAGGGAGACUCCGAUCGUUUAUGAUGUGGACCCUUUCCCCGUAAAUAACGGAAAGGUCACUUGGCUUACCGUGGGACGCAAAGAAUAUGCGAAAAGUCACGAUGCGGAAGCUUUCGCAGAAAACCGUCGAAUUACGAAGAAUGCAGCUAACACUGAGGGCUAUAUUAAUAUGUGCAGAGUAGCAGAAAUACGUCCUGUUUCUUCGCAGACCUCGCAGGAGGAGCAACAUGCUAACGCAGGGGAUGUUGAAUAUCACGGAGAAAGGGGUAAAGCUGUCCAUGGCGCGAGGCACGAAACCAAGGAAGACCGUUCGUUUGAAAUCGUGUUGGAUGAUGGGCUAGUUGUCUUAUUUCGAACCUAUAACAUGCAGACACGACAGGAGUGGAUUAGACGGCUGACCGAGCUUUCGGACUAUUGGAAAGCGCGUACGAAAAAGGAUAUAGCUACUCUAAAGUAUAUCCGUUCUCGGAACCUGAAACGACUUGAAAUCGACGAGGCACAAGAGUCUAUGCUAGGCCAGUUUGCUCAGAAAUGGGAGGUUUCAAGGGCGGAAGCAUCCUCGGAGUUGUUUCACGCAUGUGGGAUGUCGGGGUGCCGGCCCAUAAAGAUGUCUGGGAAUCUAUAUCGCAAACCACGCCGCCAUGGGGCAUUUACACAUUGUAGCGUCUUGCUCAUUGAAGGCCAACUUCUCAUUUUCCAGAGCUCUCUGCGUCGGUGGACAGGCGAGCAAUUCCCCCAUAUAUAUCGUUCGCGACAGGCCGUGCUCGAUCUGCGGGAUUGUUAUAUAUAUAGCGGGAUAAUCACCUCCUCGGACCUCCUAUACCAACAGCAAACGUUCGACAGUAACCUCCCCAGUCAGCUGGAACGGCCAAGGAUGUAUACUCAGGACGGAUGGACAGCCUCCGAUGAAGACAUUGCGACAUGCUUUGUUAUCUGGCAUGCCACAAGAAAGGCCCUGUUUCGAGGUGAACUCACCAAAAAAGGAAAACCUAAAAGGAGCGGAUGGAAACAGGUUUCUGCUCUGGGGGUUCCUGGGAAGGCGAUUGUAUUUAAAGCAAGGAGUAGAGCGGAAAGGGAUUUAUGGGUGCUGGCGAUUGCGACGGAGAUCGAUCGACUGCAGCAGCAGGAGGACUUGAGGAUCGUGAAAUCGCCGUGUAUUUGAAAACCAUCACAUUUUCUGGCGUCCGGAAGCUUGUUUCUACUCGCUCAUUGUGUUUCUAUUCUAUGAGCUAAACCAGCUGAGCUGCUUUAGAGAGAUUUGGAAAUACCCCAGGGGUGAAGUCUCUGUUGAAUUAGCCUGUGUAUUGCCAUUUUUAGGGUUGAGGAUUGCAUUGUAUAUAUAUUUUGUAAUAGCGACUUCAUCAGUCGCACAUCUUUCGGUCGUC